AUGUCUGCUCCACAUCCGGAGAGUCCGGAGAGUUCAGUCCAUGUAUGGAAUUCGGUUUCAGGUCCGUGUGGUAUUGCUCAUAUCCAGACCGACUGUGCCACCAGACCGACUGUGCCACCAGACCGACUGUGCCACCAGACCGACUGUGCCACCAGGCCGACUGUGCCACCAGGCCGACUGUGCCACCAGGCCGACUGUACCACCAGGCCGACUGUGCCACCAGGCCGACUGUGCCACCAGGCCGACUGUUCCACCAGACCGCCUGUGCCACCAGACCGACUGUGCCACCAGGCCGACUGUGCCACCAGGCCGACUGUGCCACCAGGCCGACUGUACCACCAGGCCGACUGUGCCACCAGGCCGACUGUGCCACCAGGCCGACUGUGCCACCAGACCGACUGUGCCACCAGGCCGACUGUGCCACCAGACCGACUGUGCCACCAGGCCGACUGUACCACCAGACCGACUGUGCCACCAGGCCGACUGUGCCACCAGGCCGACUGUGCCACCAGACCGACUGUGCCACCAGGCCGACUGUGCCACCAGACCGACUGUGCCACCAGACCGCCUGUGACACCAGACCGACUGUGCCACCAGGCCGACUGUGCCACCAGGCCGACUGUGCCACCAGACCGACUGUGCCACCAGGCCGACUGUGCCACCAGGCCGACUGUGCCACCAGGCCGACUGUGCCCCCAGGCCGACUAUUCCACCAGACCGCCUGUGCCACCAGACCGACUGUUCCACCAGGCCGACUGUUCCACCUGGCUGACUGUGCCACCAGGCCGACUGUUCCACCAGGCCGACUAUUCCACCAGACCGACUGUGCCACCAGACCGACUGUGCCACCAGACCGACUGUUCCACCAGGCCGACUGUUCCACCAGGCUGA